AUGUCGAUGGGGCUGGAGAUCGGCGGCGUGGCCUUGUCCGUGCUGGGUUGGCUGUGCAGCAUCAUCUGCUGCGCGUUGCCCAUGUGGAAGGUGUCGGCCUUCAUCGGUAACAACAUCGUGACGGCCCAGAUCCUCUGGGAAGGGCUGUGGAUGAACUGCGUGGUGCAGAGCACGGGGCAGAUGCAGUGCAAGGUCUAUGACUCCAUGCUGGCGCUCCCUCAGGACCUGCAAGCCGCCCGUGCCCUGCUGGUGGUGGCCAUCAUCUUGGCCGUCCUGGGCUUAAUGGUGGCCAUCGUGGGCGCCCAGUGCACCCGCUGCGUGGAGGAUGAGAGCACCAAAGCCAAGAUCACCAUCGUCUCCGGCGUCAUCUUCCUCCUCUCUGGUGUCAUGACCCUCAUCCCUGUCUGCUGGUCGGCCAACACCAUCAUCCGGGAUUUCUACAACCCGCUGGUGAUCGAAGCGCAGAAGCGAGAGCUGGGCACCUCGCUCUACGUGGGCUGGGCAGCCUCCGCACUCCUGCUGCUGGGGGGGGGCCUGCUCUGCUGCUCCUGCCCCCCCAAAGACGACAGGUACCCCACGGGCAAGGUGGCCUACUCUGCCCCACGCUCCGCCGUCACCAGCUACGACAAGAGGAACUAUGUCUGA